AUGCAACAGAAAAUCAACAUGAACAUCGUACAAGUUGGACCUGAACCCUCCCAGAUCACAUGCCCAUCGUGCCGAGCCACGAUCGUCACAAGGGUCGAGAGGAAGUCCACGACGAAGACUCACGUCAUCGCCCUUCUUCUGUGUUUGUUCCUUUGCUGGCCUUGUGUGUGCGUCCCCUACUGUGUGGACUCCUGCCAGAAUGCCGACCACUAUUGUCCCAACUGCAAUUCCUACCUCGUUUAUUUCCACAAAAUAGCACGGAUCGACUUGGAAGACUAUCAAGCGCCGAUUUCGACGCAGACACCAUGGCUUGUCCGCGCAAAAUCUCGUGUGCGACUAGCAAAUCUUCAUGCAGCAAGUGUAGCAUACAUGAUGCAUGGGCAAGAGCAACCACUGCAGGAACCGCCGCAGCAACCACCACAAGGUCCGCAACACUAUUGA